UGAUCAGUGACUGACCGAUGAGAUUUGCAUAUGACUGACAUUCCAGUGUAUAUUUGAACCAAUCAGCGGUCACGGCGGUGGGAUGACAGGUGGCUGCCUUGACCAAUGGCGGAGCUUAGAUGUAGAGAAAAGGCGGGGCACGGAUGGGCGAGGUUGACACAGUGAAAGAGCGAGAGGGGGCAGCCUAGUUUACAACAAGAGGGAGGGGAAAAGAAAGAAAGGGCCAGACGAAGCCAGAGAGAAGAAAUUGUGGAGAAGAGAGUUGAGCUAAAGUGAGAUGUUAUGAUACGUUAACUUUUCUACUACAAAUACCUGCUGAGCUGACGGACAGGAGUGGGCGCGCGCGAAGUGAUCUGCUGCAGGCGGAGAUCGCACCGGACCUCGAGCUGCUAUUUCUAUAUAAAGCCCACGAUUCCACGGAUCUGUGUCAGAGCAUCUCCAGCUGGUCUCUCGCUGCGGUUUCCUGCCGUUUUCUUUGGUCCAAGGGGAGCAGCAACCAACAUAGAACAGUGCUCUGGUCUCGCCCCACUUUCUGUCAUUGGGGUCCGAGUUAUCAUCAUCGCUGCUGCUCAUGACAGCGCUGGAGUGAAAUACUUCUGCUAACUAAAUUUUCAGUCGAUUAUCUUUUUGAGACGUUGAUAUAUACGAGGUAGGGGUGUGUGCGGGAGCCGACUGAGGCCAAGGUGGUGUUUAAAAAAAAUAUAUUAACGUUAGUGGGGGUAGCGCAUUGGUGGCUAGCUUGCAAAAACAAUGGGUCUUUGGAUUUAACCAGCAACUGGAGAGCCAGUGGGAGAUGGGUGAAUGCACCAGUUUUACGCACACCUGCAUGUGAUCCGCCUUGUGUGGUAGAACGUUAAUUGAUGGUGAAUACGGUUUCACGUUGCUUUACAUUUGAAUAUGAGUUUGUGCCAAAGCAAUAUAAUAUCAAUGUUGGAUGCUGACAGUAACCAUACGGCUAAACAGACAGGUAGCUAACGGUUUUGGAAGUAAAAAAUGCAGGCGUAUUCAGACAGGUUUUAGUAAAUUUAGCUACCAUCUUAUAGAUCUAGUACUCAAGUCAUUGUUCCUCAAAUAAGUGGUUUCAUGGUGUGAAGAAAAACAAUAGUAACAGACAUACGUGCUUCUACACCUGCAUUGCUUGCUGUUUGGGGUUUUAGGCUGGGUUUCUGUACAGCACUUUGAGAUAUCAGCUGAUGUACGAAGGGCUAUAUAAAUAAAUUUGAUUUGAUAUGUUGUGUAAAGGAAGGGUAGUGUCAUGAGGACAAUAAUUGCGUUUCUUUGACUGCUUUCUGUUUCUGUUCGGCGGGUGCAGGGCCAGGGUCCGGUGCACUUGAGGCUCGGGUUGCCUUCUCGAGUUGAACCAUUCGGCUGUAUUUUGAAGUAACACAGGCUAUUUUGACUGACAAUUGCAGUGCUACGUGCUUCUUCACCUGCAUUGCUUGCUGUUUGGAGUUUUAGGCUGGGUUUCUGUACAGCACUUUGAGAUAUCAGCUGAUGUACGAAGGGCUAUAUAAAUUUGAUGUGAUACUUGCGUCAAUGUAGACUGCAAUAAACCCAUCUGUGGUGGCCAGCUAACGUAAGAUAAACAAUUGGGGUUGUCACUUGUCCUCCAAACUUAAGCAAGAACAUCCAAAGUAAAAGCAUAAUGUUGCUGAGCAUAGCCUGCACUGGAGUUUAUGGAUGGCAAAUAGCUGCUGCUAGCCUGUGUUCAUUCAGCUAACUAGUAGUUGUGUAUAACUUUACACACGGUCCGAUGCAUACGCAAUUGAUUGAUAGAUUCAGACAUACACAUCCCUUCAAUAAACAAAUCUAGCAGGAUGAUGAAUUUGAUAGCUUUGUCAUUUUGAGCAUUUGCAUAACAAAAAGCUAGCCAGAUAGCUAAUGCACGUAGUUAGCUAGCCAGCUUGCUAUCCACUGCUAGCAAUUAAUGUUAGUGUCGUCCAAGCUAGCUGUCAGACAUUCUUGGUCGACUACAUGCAAUAAAUCGAAUACUCCGGAGAUCGUUUCUGCCCUAAACAAUUUACUAGCCUUUCGUACCAUUUGUACAUUGCUAAACUGAAGCGAGUACGUGUAGAGACAAGUUGAACAUGGCCGCGAGGAUAGCGUAUGUCUCGGACUGAUGUGCCAAUUUACUCCGUGGAUGAGGGUGAGGCCUAGUUAAUUUACUCAUGACCGCAGCACUCCAGUAAUGUAAACAAACAGACGAGGGUACAUCAGGGGUUAUUAGAUCAAGAGGAACACAUACUUCUCCGAUGAUAUUUAACAUAUUGUCCCAUCUGUAUCCUGUUGCAAUUUGUGACUAUUUGGCAAUCCAUUUUACAUUGUGUUAUUCCCCGUAUUUCAUGUUCUGCACUGGGGAAAUAUAAUUUAUCGUCAAUGCGCGUGAAUAAAUAGGCUGCUCGCAGAGAAUGCGGCAUUCUGAAAAUAUGAACGCGUGAGCUGGUCUCAUGUUGUUGACCGAUACGCCUGGGACUUCAUUUUAAUCAGAAAUCAACAUUUACAGAUAUCUGUGCGCCACCGGGUAAAUCAUAAUAGCGGUGCGUCUAUUGCAGUGAACGUUGUGCGUGAUGACCGCAAUCUGAAGAUAAGCGUCAGAUACAGGCACCAUCGAGCACUGUUGCUUUCUUGUUUCAUCGAUGGAGUUGCCAUCCACUAUACGAUCUUGGAUCACUGAUGGAUGUUUGAACACAUGGAUUUUUAUCUGACAUUGUAAAGGGACGUUUUCAAGGACCCUUUUUAAUUGACUCACGUUUUUGGAAAAACCCAAUUAAGGACCCUUUUCAACCAUGUAUUCAUCAGAAAGCCCUCAAUACCUCCGUCAAGGACUGAGCAUGUUUGUCUGGACCAACGUGGAACCCCGGUCAGUUCCUGUGUUUCCCUGGCAUUCAUUGGUCCCUUUCCUGGCACCAACCCAAUCAGACGCCUCUACUCAGUCUGGCGAGGGCCAACAACCAAUCAAUCAUCCCCAAGCUGCCAGUCUGAAAACAGAGUCUCAGGGGGGUGCAGUGCUGCUACAGGAGGCCAAUGAGGACCCCCCCACCCUGGAGAGAGGACCCACAAGGCCAACUCCCUCCACAGAUGACCUGGCCCCAGAGAGGGAGAGAGAGGCCGAAAGAGAGAGGCCAGACAGUGAGACUGAGAGUGAUGUGGAUGACCCGUUCUUCCCCAGUGUUCUUCCUGAGCCGCCCUUGUCUGUGACUCCUGUGAAGAGACGCACUCAGUCCCUCAGCGCCCUGCCCAAAGAUGGGGACAAAAUCAGCCCUAACAAGAGGGAGAAGGACCACAUCAGGCGGCCGAUGAACGCGUUCAUGAUCUUCAGUAAGCGUCAUCGAGCGCUGGUGCACCAGAGGCACCCCAACCAGGACAACCGCACGGUUAGCAAGAUCCUGGGCGAGUGGUGGUAUGCCCUGGGGCCCAAAGAGAAGCAGAAGUAUCACGACCUCGCCUUCCAGGUGAAGGAGGCCCACUUUAAGGCCCACCCAGACUGGAAGUGGUGCAACAAAGACAGGAAGAAGUCUAGUUCUGAUGCCCGAGGGCUCCCAGGGCCGGGGGGCAAAGACAUUAGAGAAAGGAGCAUGUCUGAGACCACCGAGCCCCAUGGUGUGGAGCUGAAAGGGGUGGGGCCUGGCCUGCUGGGUGUGUCUGAGCGGAAUCCAGGGGAGGGGCAUGUAGGUCAGCUACCCCGCCCCCGAGCCUUCUCCCAGAGUGCCGUGCACAGCCUGGAGAGGUGUGAGAGGGGCAACACACAGGCCCUGGCCGAACUGUCACAGAUGUGUGGGGAUGGUGGUGGCCAGUUUUCGGGGCGUGCCCAGACCCUGUCCCGGUCUCAGAGGGGGGUCAGUGAGGACAUGACCAGUGAUGAGGAACGCAUGGUCAUCUGUGAAGAGGAGGGAGACGACGAUGUCAUUGAGGACCCGUACCCUGCCAGCUCCAUAGACCUGAAGUGUAAGGAGAGAGUGACGGACAGCGACAGUGACAACGCCUCUGGGAACGAGAGCGAUCGCAAGCGUGUCUUUGCUCCAGUGAUCUGCUCUUCCUCCUCCCAGCCCACCCCCCACGGACGCUCCGUCUCUCUCUCCUCCUACCCUUCCAAACGCUACGACGAGGAGAGAGGAGGGGGGCUCUCAGACCGCAGGAGGAAGAGAGGAAUAGAGGGAGGAGGUGGUGAUGGAGGAGGAGUGGCAUCCCUCUCUCUUUCCCUGUCCUCCUCAGGCCACUCUGUCAUCUCCAGCCCCGGAGGCCCAGUUCCUUCUGCCCUUGCCCCCCUUGGCCUGUCUCCUCUCCUCGGGUUGGGGGCUGUCAGAGUGGCCUCUACAGUGGUGACCAAUGUGGUUCGUCCGGUCGUGAGCACACCAGUCCCCAUCGCUAGUAAACCCCGAGACGGAGCAGCUUCAUCCAUUCCUCACCCAUCAGACAGGAGGUCCCUCCCAUUGCAACAGGCGCAGCUUCUGAUUGGCUCCGGAGCAGGAAGCGGAGGGCCUGGCUACUACUCCUCAUCGUCACCCAAUCCCAUAGGUGCAGGGGCAGGUCCAGGGGGGCUGGUGACCAGCUUGGUGUUCCCGGGGCACAGCCAGUCCACCGUCCAGCUCAUCAGUCCCUCCCCCAAUCCGUCCUCCCACCACCAGCUGCCCCCCACCGCCCCUGUCUCUGCCCCCACACACAACCACACCAACGGCCCCCUGCCCCUCUCCCUGCUCCAGCCCCAGUUCCUCUCCUCGUCAUCUCUGGCAUCCCCCGGGGGCAAAGCCAUCACACAGGUCCAAUACAUCCUGCCCACCCUAUCAGCCAGCUCCAAUCACAAGAGCCCCUCCCCUCAGCUGCACAACCUGCCGAACAGUAUCUUCAACCUGCCGACAGCUCCGCCCACCCACAUGUCCAUAGCCAAUGGGAAGCAGGUGGGGCUGGGCUCGCUGAUGGGAUACGCCUCCAGCCCAGCCGUGGGUGUGGUCAGCCCGGGAGCCAGAGUGCAAUCCCAGUCCCCAGUCCUACAGGGCAAGAUGCUGCUUCCCAUGGCAACAGUGAGGACGGCACCCGCCCAACAGUACCCCCUCGUGGCGCCACCUCUUCCUGUCCAGAAUGGAGCUCAAGCAGGAAGCAAGAUCUUCCAGAUCGCUCCCAUGCCUGUUGUCCAAUCCCAGCUCCAGCAAGGCGGGGCAGGGCAUCCUGGGAGCCCUUUUCCCGUUACCUUGGGAACGGCCACAGUGUUGCACCAAGGUUCUGCCCCAUCUCAGACUGUGCUGCUGCCGCCCCCACCAACCAGGAUCACCUAUGUCGAGUCCACGCCAGGAGUCCCCUCUGCUCUGCCUCUGGUCUCCACAACAACAGGCUCCUCCUCCCCUCAGCAGGCCCAGCCCCCCCCUGGAUCUGCAUAUGUUUCAUCGCCCCUAGCAACGCUGGGCUUUACAGCCAUAGCCCCCCCUGGACAGAACCUAGUCCAACCCCUCAUCACAGGUCAGCCUCCCCUUCAGGCCCCAGUCCAGUCCCCUACCUGCCCCUCCCUCCCCUCUGGCCCAGCCUCUGCUACAGGAGGACAGAUAAUCACUGCCAUCUACCCCCCUUCCAGCGUCACCAUGGCAACUGGGGUGGUCUCCAUGGCUACCGGGCCACCCAGCAUGGUGUACACAGUCUCCAGCUCCUCCAGUCUGUCCACCCACAUCCUGCCCAAAUACACAUUCGCCCCCGCCACCCCCACCACACACACUCACACACACACCCAGCUCCAGUCGGACAGACAAACAGACAGGCAUGUGGGGGAGAGACCCACGGACAGAAUGUCUCACUCUCAGUCAGAGAAAGCGGCAGACAGACAAGCGGAGACGCAGCCUGAGCUACAGGCGUACGGACAGACGGACAGGCCAACCCUCACACAGGCGGACAGACAGACGGGGAGGGAAGCCCAGACCUUCAUUAAAAGCAGCAGCUUAGUGGCGCCCCCAAGUGGCUCCUCAUUGUCACUGCGGCCCUGUAGCCCCCCCCUGCCCUCUCACACUUCCACAGGCAGCGCACCAGGUACCCCCAAACUUCCCCAGAUCCCGGUGAGAACCCCUCAGAAAAUCAAAGCCACAGUUGCCAACAUCCCGGUGGGCAGCUACGAGGGAGGAGGCCGAGGAAAGGAGAGGGAGAAGAACCGAGAGAGGGAAAGGGAGAAAGAAAGAGAGAACCAUGGGGCCAACAGUCGUUUUUCCUUUGAGCUGGAGCGUCCUGUGGAGUCGACGUCCCCCUCCCAACACACACACACUGCUGAGGAGCCCCCCUCUGACAGACCCCCUGAGGGACACGACCCUGGGGACAACACUGACACAUGUAGCACAGAGGCCAGCAACGAGUCCGGGUGGAAGGACUCCGUCCCCUCCUCACCCCUGCCCCCUCCCUUGGGUACAGACCCUGCCCUGCCACCUCCCCAGAGCGACAAAGACGCCCCUCCUCCCAAGAAGGUGAAGGCCCGCCCCCCGCCACUCAAAAGGACCUUUGACUCUGUGGACAAGGUGUUGUCGGAGGUGUAUUUUGAGGAGCGUUUUGCUCAGCUACCAGAGUUCAGGCCAGAGGAGGUGCUGCCCUCCCCCACCCUGCAGAGCCUGGCCACCUCCCCCCGCGCCAUUCUGGGCAGCUACCGCCGCAAGAGGAAGAACUCCACAGACCUGGACUCGUCCACAGAGGACCCUGUGUCUCCGAAGAGGAGGAGCAGAAGGCGCUCCAGCUGCAGCUCGGAGCCCAGCACACCCAAGAGCGCCGCCAAGUGUGAGGGAGACGUCUUCACCUUCGACCGACCAGCCCCCCCGUCUGUGUGUCCCCCUCCAGGGACAGGUGCUGAUGGAGAGGACAUCCUGGGGGAGCUGGAGUUUGACAAGGUGCCCUAUUCCUCUCUGAGACGUACCCUGGACCAGAGACGAGCCCUCGUCAUGCAGCUCUUCCAGGAGCAUGGCUUCUUCCCGUCAGCCCAGGCCACGGCAGCCUUCCAGGCACGCUACGCAGACAUCUUCCCCACCAAGGUGUGUCUGCAGCUGAAGAUCAGGGAGGUCCGACAGAAGAUCAUGCAGACUGCCGUCCCCUCUGAGACCAACGAGGCCUCCUCGCUCCCCGGACCGUCUGGCGCCCAAUCAGGGGAAGGGACAGGAGGAGGGGCGGAGCCAUUGGGAGAGGAGGCAGAUCGAGAGAGGGAGGGUAGUCCAGAAGAGCCGAGGGAUUCGCAGGAGUCUUCUAGAUGAAGGAUGCCGACAGGCUGGAUUGACCAAUCAGCGAUGGACCAGUUCCCCAAAUCCCGCCUCUUAAUUUUGUUGAAGCUACACCCCUCUGUCUGUGUGCGUAUCUGGACCGGUCUCUCUUUCUCCAGAGAGCCAGGUCAGAAAGAGCAAGUGGAAGAGACCAAGAGGAUGUGUGUUUGCAAAAUGUGUCUGAGGUGGAAUUGUUUAAAACUUAAAAGGGGAUUAAAAAAAAUAAAAGUAAUUCCCCCUCUCCAAAAAAUGACAUUUAAAAUGCCAGUGACACACACACACAUGGCUGAUGAACCCCAAACUCCAAUACUCACACUUGAAUUAGCACUUUGUUAGUAAUAUGAAUAUUAUCCCUGUAAGCUUCCAUUGAUGCCAGUGGACUAUAGACUAUACAAUAACAACUCUCCAGCUGUUUCCCUUUGCCUUGGAGCAGGGCCCAUCUUUCAGACUGAAUAGCAUAUCAUUUACUGGGACUGUUUGAGGUCAUUUAUUUCACUCUAACAGGACUGGCUUGUUUUUAAAAAUGGAGGGCUUGGGAAGCAAGAUCAGUUAAUUGGCUGCUGAAGGAGGGUCUGGCUCAAGUCUCCCAUUGGCUAAUUUGUUUCUGCUGGACAUUAGGGGGCUGGGUCCCCACUGGCUUGAGAUGAUGCCAUUGGAUGGAGAGCCCGCACUACCCUGGUGAGGGAUCAGAAGGAUCCUUGUUUCGUUAGAUUUUUCUCUACUUUGAUCCAUAAAAGCAGGACAGGUCUGUGAGGGGGACAGGAGAGAGUUUAGGACCUCGCCCUCACUUGCCAUGAUUGGCUACAGAAGAUGCCAGUAAAGCGUGCACCAAGCGUUCCUGCUUGUCUGAUUCGCUCGCCAUGUGGGGAGAAGGAGUCAAUGGGCACAUCAUGGCUUUACAUUUCUCACUGUCACUUCAACCAUGUUUUAUAUAUUUGUAGACUUCAGUUGAGAACCCAGAGGACGUCAGGCUGACAGGCCUUUUACUUCUAAUGCCAAGCAGUUUUAUUAUCUAACUUUCUUUCUUUUUUAAGACAUCAAACUUUUUUUUUUUUUAUCAAACACAUGUAACUUUGCAGUUCAUUAUGUUAUUAUUGUAUUACUGUUACUAAUAUUACUCCUCUCAUUGUUUUGGUGGACCUGAUCUUUGCUACGGGCUGGUAGCAAUGUCAUAUGAUUAGCUCUAGCAACCGGUUUGCAUAUUUGAGGGGGGAUGGGAUGUUUGAGAGAGAUGGUCCUCACCUGUGCCUCUUUCCCUCUCUUUUGUCUUCCCUUUCAACACCCUCACUUUGCCCCAGCAAGGACCUGGGGUGACAAAUAUUUUUAUUAAUUUCAAUGAGGGAUAACAAAAAGAGGGUUGACAUUUGUAUUCAUUUAAGUGUAAUAAGUAUGUUUUUGGACAACCCUGAAAACCGCUCUCUCUCACUCCCCUGCUAGUAAGGUUUGAUUCUAUAGCCGCCUCCUUCCUCCCUCUUUUCCUUCUGUUCAUCCUUCCUUACUGUUCUCUCUAGAUCUUUUUUUGGGGUGGGAGGAGGUAAGCCUGGAGGGGGCAGGGCAGUAUAUAGAGUGGUAGGGUAUAAUAUUGGUUCUUUGUGCAAGACCUGGUGGUUGUACAUAUUAUUUACUGUAGUCAGGUGACUCGCUAUAAUAUUAAGGAACAAUGUGUAACUGACAUGUAUCGACUUUUAAAGACGACAUUACACAAGGUCAAACUCCAAAAAUUGACAAAUUAUUAAGGUUUUACUCGUUUUACUGAGAUACAGUUUGCAAGAAACUUAAAUUAUUCAUAAAUGUACAUCUAUCUUUCAGUAUACAAAUAAAUGUUCAAGUUAACAUAUUUUUCACUAGUUUUUAAUGUACACACAGCUGAACCACCAGUUAUUGAUGAGUUAUUAUUGUCCAACUAUACUGAACAAAAAUAUAAACACAACAUGUAAAGUGUUGGUCCCAUGUUUCAUGAACAGAAAUAAAAUAUCCCAGAAAUGUU